AAACGGAACGCUGAAGGCUCUGAGGUUGAGAUAGGAUUGGAAAAUGGCUGAAUCUGCUUAUCACAUGGAAGCGCUUAGACGUCAGAGAGUUAUAGAUAGGAAGAAAGCCGCCCUUGACAAAAUGAUGCAUGGUGGAAAUCAGGACUCUGUGGAGAAUGUUGACCAAAGCAAUGCUAAAAAUACGAUUUUGUUCAGUGGUCCAGGUGAUUAUGAUACAAACAGAUGCAGUGGAUCGCGGCCACCAAAACCGCAUAGAGAGAUGAGUGUGGUUUUGCAGGAGGUUGUUCAUGACCCUAACUUUAAUUAUAGAAUACUUAAAGAAGAGGGUGAACCCCCUUUGCAUGUUGAUCCUAUUUAUAGAAUUAUGUACCCUGGAGCUGUUAUUUACAAAAAUGAAUGAAAUUGAGGCCACUCUAGGAGAAAAAGCUCAAGCAAAGAAGAAUAAACCUUUACCUAAGAAACAAUUGCCUGUUAAAAAACCUUCACCAGAAUCAAUUCGAAAUAUAAAGCGUAACAUGGUUUUUAAGAUACUCCAUCCAUAUGAUUUUGAUUAGAUAUGCUGUUUUCUUCAAUUUUGAUUAAAUUUUUGGCAUUCCACAUUGAUUCAUCGUUUGAAAAAAAAAUCAUGUUGGGUGCUAAAUGUUGUUAUUUGUAGAUUUUUUUCCUGUACGUGUGUAUGUGUGUGUGUGUUUGUGCGUAAUUUGCCAAUUUCUUUGUUAAUUUAUUAAAUUAGAAAUAUUUUAUCCCUUCCACUCUGGAGAAUUGUAGAUGUUGCUAACAGAAUAACAAAACCUGAUGUAUUUGCUCAAAGCUAGUAACAUGCCAUACAGUAUUUUUAAUGCAUUGUUUUUCAUUGUUAUGUCAUUAGAGUGAUUUUGUUGAGUUGUUUUAAUCUGUGGAACCUUAUUCAACUAGUCAGACCCAAUAUCAGUAUUACGUAAAAGUGCAUCUAAUACUCUGUGAAAAACAGCUAUUUUAAUUGUUACAUUUUUUUUUUACAGUGCUUUUAUAACCUAUUUAUUACUUUGCAUAUUUACUACAGGAGCUCUGGGUGUUUUACUGGGUUGAUUCCUAGAAUGUUGUAAUGGGAUGAAUUUUAUGUAAAGAAUUAUGUUUUUAAAAAAUACGCAUAGCUCCUGGUAAAAAUCUAGAUUUCAACUUUAUCUAACAAUGUAGAAAAAUAACAUAUGCGCGGAAAUGGGGUUCUUCACCAGCUCGUAGUGAUAAGAAGACAUUUCAAGAAAUCUACCCAAACAUUAGCUUGUUUUCAAUUUUUCAGAAUAAUCUUGCCAGCUCACAGAAUCUAUCAUAGGAAAGCAGACAAUACUCCAGAGGACAAAGUGUUUCCUUUACUUCAUCCUAAGGAAUAUGAACAUGAAAAACCAAUAACUCAACUGCCUCCUAGAAAACCACACUUUAAAGUUUAAAUAAGCGACGUUUUUCAAUUCUAAAAAAAGCACAUCUAGUCCACAAAGGAAACAUUGCAUUUUAACUUGUGUUGUCAGGAAGAAAACACUUCCAUAGAAUAUGCCUUAUGCAAAUGUCUUUUGGUUCAUAUAUUAGUGUGAAAAUGUUGUGGGAAGUAACUGUUCAAAUGUACAAAUAAUAGAUGUAAUCUCCCCAUUAAUGUAGAUGCAUUUACAACUGGAUUGGAACAGAGAGAUGUAGGAGGCAAUAUGACCACAGUCGUAAUGGUCCAAUUCUCCCUAGCACCUGGCAUAAUCUUCGACAAGAAUUAAAUUCUAUAGGACGCAGUACACCAUUAUAUGCUGGUGAAGGACGCCCUUCUAGAUUUGAUGAUCUACUUGCAAUAAGAAAGGUCAACCGUAAGAAAUAGAGAUAAAUUGUAAUGCAUGCCUUUUUUUGUGUAACCUAAUUUUUCUAUUCAAUUUCUUAUCUUUUAAUUCUUUGCUUGAACAGAUAACUCAUGCAGAUUAAAGUAUUUGCCAUUUAUCCAAGAUUUGCUGUUUACUAAAGUGAUUUGAUAUAAUCAACUAGUUGUGUGAUUUUCAAAGCUGGAAAAUAUUUUGAGGUGAUAUAUGUUAUCUUUGAUAUGGCUGUUAAGAUAGGAAAUAUUUCCAUGUUGAGUAUUGUUGUUAAUCUUUGGAAAACUGUAUGGUGGCUGGUUUUUUUAAUUCUUCUUCCAGUUGUGCUGACAUUUUAUCAGUAUUAUUUUUGCAAUAUAUCUAUAUACACAUUGUAUUUGUUGUUUGCACUUUUGCACUUGUCCAUGUACUUUUGUUGUUAUUUACUUAUUUAUACCCACAGAUGUCAUAUUUUUGUGAUCAUUUUGUUGAUGCAUUUUACAGUACGUGUUAGAUAUCAAGAUUGAAUCAGUUUGAAAACAUUUAGUUUUUUAAAAGCAUGCUAUUUAUUUUUCAGUUUUCUUUCAAAUUAUCAAUGAAAAAAAAUGUUCACAAUUAUAUAAUUUAAAAAUGAGUGUACAGAUUGCUUUUUUCAUAUUUCAAUAAACAUUUAUUCUUGUG